CUUCCAGUACUUCCUGAUUGCACAUUACGUCACAUUGAUAAACAGUUUUAUUUCGACAAAGUUGAUAUGUAUGAGAUUGAUAUAUAUGAGUUGAAUUAACUAGAGGUUCUCCUGGUUCUUUUCGCUGAAUAGCAAUAUUGAAGAGAGGUUAAUUCUACAGUCAGUAGCAGUUAAAGAACUGAUAACAUGCAGAACUACGGUAAAGCAAUAAAGACUUUUUUUGGACAAUAUCCGACGGGGAUCGCUCUUAUCACAGUCACAGGAGUGGGGCUCUUUGCUCUGCGUAAAUGGCUGGCUGGAGGGGUGUGUACGAGCAAAGCCCGGCUGGACGGGAAGACUGUCCUUAUCACCGGAGCCAACACUGGGAUUGGGAAAGAGACUGCAGUUGACAUGGCUAGCAGGGGGGCAAGGGUUAUUCUGGCCUGCAGGGACAUGACAAGAGCCAAUCAAGCUGCAGAGGGCAUCAGGAGGAGGAGUGGCAAUGGGAAUGUGAUUGUCAAAAAGUUGGACUUGGCAUCCCUACAGUCGGUGCGACAACUAGCCAAAGAGAUCCUGGAAAGUGAAGAGAGACUGGACAUCCUUAUUAAUAAUGCAGGUAUCAUGAGCUGUCCAAAAUGGCAGACUGAAGAUGGCUUUGAGAUGCAGUUUGGUACCAACCACUUAGGCCACUUUUUAUUGACAAAUUGCCUUUUGAAUCUCCUUAAGAAAUCAGUCCCAAGCCGUAUUGUCAACGUCUCCAGUUUAGCUCAUGAAAAAGGCAAGAUCUAUUUUGAUGACAUAAACUUAGAUAAAGAUUACAGUCCAUGGAAAAGCUACCGGCAAAGUAAGCUAGCUAAUGUGCUCUUUACUAGGGAGCUGGCAACACGACUACAAGGAACUGGAGUAACUACAUACAGCCUCCAUCCUGGAGUCAUCCGGACUGAGCUUGGUCGGCACUUCUGGCCCACCAUGCCCCUGUGGAAAAGAGCCAUCUACAAGACUCUUAGUUUUUGGCUCAAGUCCCCUAGAGAGGGAGCCCAGACCACCAUCCACUGUGCCGUAGAAGAAAGCCUGGCAGAUGUCAGUGGACUCUACUACAGUGACUGCGCCCCAAAGACUGUGGCCCCUCAGGGCCAGGAUGAUGCAGCUGCCAAGAAACUGUGGGACCUGAGUGCCUCCAUGGUUGGUCUGGCAUGAUGGACCUGGUUACCACUAGGACUGGCCUAGCCUUUAGAAUGUUGACAUACAGUUGAAGUCAGAGGUUUACAUACACUUAGGUUGGAGUCAUUAAAACCUGUUUCUCAACCACUCCACACAUUUCUUAACAAACUAUAGUUUUGGCAAGUCGGUUAGGACAUCUACU